AACAUUUGCCGUACUUGUUUGUCUGGUGAAGAACUACAGUCAAUUUUUUCUGAGGGUAAUAGUUAUUCAAUUGUAAGUAUGUUAAUGGCAGUUGCUAAUGUACAGAUUUCAGAUGCGGAUAAUUUACCAACAAAAAUAUGUGAUGCUUGUAUAAAAACCUUAAAUUUAGCAUUCUGUUUUAAACAGCGUUGUGAAGAUACCGAAAAAAAAUUAAAAAAUUUUCUAAACGCACACAAAGUAAUUAAUGAGGAUGUCGAUGUCGAUAUUAAGACUGAAAUCAUAGUGGAAAAUUUCGCUUAUAAUGAUGAGGAUUCUAUUGAUAAAAGUAACGAAAUAGAAAAUAUCUUGUAUGAAGAAAAUGCCAAUGAUACGAUUCAAUCCCCUAGGUUUAACAACGACUAUAAAAAUACAAUAGAGGAAAGUUCUCAAUAUCAUCCAGAAAACGACGAAAUUAAGGAAAUUAGUCCCAGUGACAAGGGAUUAGGUAUUAGCCUAAUUAAAAAUUUACAAAUUUCAAUGUCUAAAAAUUUAAUGACGACAUGUACAAUAUGUUCAAGAGAAAUACAAUCUAGACGUUUAAAAGAUCACAUACGUACUAUGCAUACACUAUCCAAACAAUAUCAAUGCGAAACAUGUGACCGAAAAUUUCAGUUAAAAUCAAAUUAUGUAAGACAUUUAAAAAUCCAUACUGGCGAACGUCCUUACAAGUGUGAAAUUUGUGAUAAAGGGUUUAUACAAGCGUUUGGAUUGAAGGAACAUAUGCGCGUACAUACAAAAGAAAGGCCAUAUGUGUGUAAAUUUUGUGAUAAAACAUUUACACAAUCGGGUAAAUUAAACAAACAUCAAAAAAGCCACUUGACAGAAAAUGAUAACGAAAGUAAUGCUUUUAAAUGCCAAACAUGUAAUAAAAGUUUUAAUAGUAAUCUUGGGUUAAGUGCGCAUUCACGUGCGCAUGCAAAUGGUGAAUUUUAUUGUACAGAAUGCGAUAAGCCGUUUACAUCACAGCAAUAUUUAGACGAUCAUUUUUAUUUUGAACAUACAGUAAAAAGUGAAAAUGGUUACAAUUGCCUUGAUUGUUCGAAAGAAUUUUCAACCAAAGAAUCUUUAACUACCCAUAAAUAUAACUUUCAUUCUGGUAAAUUAUUUUUAUGUAAUUAUUGUGGUAAAAGUUUAACAUCUAGCACUAGUCUUAAUUUACACGUAAUAAGUUUACACUCCAAUGAGCGACCUUUCCAAUGUGAAUGUUGUUCGAAGACAUUUAAAACGAAAUCUACGCUAACAAUACAUAAACUAAUUCAUACAGGGGAAAGACCUUUUGCUUGUUCGAAAUGUGAUAAAAAAUUUCACCAACGUGCCCAUUUAUUAUCGCAUUUGCGCACUCAUUCGGGUGAAAAACCAUUUAAUUGUAUUAUGUGUGGAAAAUAUUUCUCUUCAAAAAUUAAUUACACUGUACAUAUGCGAAUUCAUUCUGGAGAAAGGCCAUAUGUGUGUCAAGUUUGUGACAAAGGUUUUUAUCAUUCAAGUACAAUGAAGAAACAUCAAAGAAAAUCAAUAUUUACUGAACAAGAUAAUUUUUCAUUCGGUAAUAUGAUAAUGGCAAUUGCUAAUGUUCAGAUAACAAUCACGGAUAAUUUACCGUUGAAAAUUUGUCCUUCAUGUAUAACGACAUUAAAUUUAGCAUUCCGUUUCAAAAAACAAUGCGAGGAUACUGAUUUGAAAUUAAGGAGUUUAUUGAAUAAUUAUAAUUUAACAAUCAUUCCUGUCGCAGAAAUUAUACCCGAUAAUGAUAACAACUCAGUUAAAAAUGAUUCAUUCGAAGAGGAAAAUUUGGAUCAAGAAAAUAGAAAAAAUCCAUUUAAAUGUGAUAUUUGUAAUAAAAGUUUCAUACAAGCGUAUGCAUUAAAAGAACAUUUACGUGUUCACACGCAUGAAAGGCCGUAUAAAUGUAAAUUUUGUGAUAAGUCUUAUAAACAGUCAGGUGCCUUACUUGUCCAUCAAAGGCGUCACGCUUUACAAACUGAUUGCAUUGAUAAUAGUACAAAUUAUCGAUGCAAAAUUUGUAAUCGAGGUUUUUCUAGUCAGUUAGGGUUAAAUGCACAUUCACGUACGCAUACAGCUAAAACAUUCGAUUGUAACGAUUGCCAUAAACAGUUUAAUUCGCAAACACGAUUAGAUGGACAUAUUUUAAGUCAUGCAGCGAAAAAAGACGAGAAGCUUUAUCAUUGCAUAGAAUGCUUAAAAACUUUUAAAAAUAUUAACUCCAUUAAUGCGCAUAAACGUUUACAUUCGGGAAAUGUAUUUUUAUGUAAUUUUUGUGGGAAAGGAUUUGUUUCUAAAAAUACUCUAAAUAUGCAUUUACGUGUGCAUACCGGGGAAAGACCAUUCUCAUGUACAAUCUGUGAUAAAGCAUUCAAAACAAAAAAUUCAUUACGUAUUCAUAAAAUUUUACACACUGGUGAACGGCCGUUUGCUUGCUCUAAAUGUAAUAAAACAUUUCAUCAAAGUGGUCAUUUAUCAGCUCAUGUGCGUACUCAUACUGGGGAAAAACCACAUACAUGUCGUGUUUGUGGUAAAAAUUUUGCAUUCAAAACAAAUUUAACUGUACAUAUGCGAAUACAUUCUGGUGAGACACCAUACAUUUGUCCAGAUUGUGGAAAAGGCUUUUAUUGUUCAAGUAGCAUGAAAAAACAUUGUCGAAAUCAUAAAUUACAAAGCCCUAAAUGAUUUUUUAAGAAAGACAUUUUUGCGAUCUAUUUAAUUGAAAUUUUAAGAUUUAGAUCACACGUUAUAUGGGUAAUCUGAGUUUGUGUAACAGACUUUUUAUACCAUGUAUAUAUGUAAUAUGCAAGGUAUACUAA